AUGGCUUCUGACGACAGCACGGCUAGCGAGGACAGCACGGCUUGCGAGGACAACAGAGGACAGCUCAACCUGAGAGGACAGCUCGAGAGGACAGCUCAACUUGUGAGGACAGCUCAUCUAGAGUGGACAGCUCUACUUGAGAAGAGAGCUCAACUUGAGAGGACAGCUCAACUUGAGAGGACAGCUCAACUUGAGAGGACAGCACAGCUUGUGAGGAUAGCACAGCUUGCGAGGACAGCACAGUUUGCGAGUACAGCACAGCUUGCGAGGACAGCACAGCUUGCGAGGACAGCACAGCUUGCGAGGACAGCACAGCUUGCGAGGACAGCACAGCUUGCGAGGACGGCACAGCUUGCGAGGACAGCACAGCUUGCGAGGACAGCUCUACUUGAGAGGACAGCCCAACUUGAGAGGACAGCUCAACUUAAGAAGACAGCUUUACCUGAGAGGACAGCUCAACCUGAGAGGACAGCUCAAUUUGAGAGGACAGCUCAACUUGAGAGGACAGCUCAAUUUGAGAGGACAGCUCAACUUGAGAGGACAGCUCAUCUAGAGAGGACAGCUCAACUUGAGAGGACAGCUCAACUUGAGAGGACAGCUCAACUUGAGAGGACAGCUCAACUUGCGAGGACAGCACAGCUUGUGAGGAUAGCUCUACUUGAGAGGACAGCUCAACUUGAGAAGACAGCUCAACUUAAGAAGGCAGCUUUACUUGAGAGGACAGCUCAACCUGAGAGGACAGCUCAAUUUGAGAGGACAGCUCAACUUGAGAGGACAGCUCAUCUAGAGAGGACAGCUCAACUUAAGAAGUCAUCUUUACUUGAGAGUACAGCUCAACUUGAGAGGACAGCACAGCUUGCGAGGACAGCACAGCUUGUGAGGACAGCUCUACUUGAGAGGACAGCUCAACUUGAGAGGACAGCUCAACUUGCGAGGACAGCUCUACUUGAGAGGACAGCUCAACUUGAGAGGACAGCUCAACUUAAGAAGACAGCUUUACUUGAGAGGACAGCUCAACCUGAGAGGACAGCUCAAUCUUGCGAGGACAGCAAAGCUCGCAAGGACAGCACAGCUUGCGAGGACAGCAUGGCUUGCGAGGACAGCACGGCUUGCGAGGACGGCACCGCUUGCGAGGUCUGCAUGGCUUGCGAGGACAGCACGGCUUGCGAAGCAGCACAGGUUGUGAGGACAGCCCAGCUUGCGAGGACAGCACAGCUUGCGAGGACUUCACAGUUUGCGAGGACAGUACAGCUAGCGCGGACAGCACAGCUUGGAAGGACAGCAGAGCUUGCGAGGACAGCUCAACUUGAGAGGACUGCUCAACUGGAGAGGACAGCUCAACUUGAGAGGACAGCACAACUUGAAAGGACAGCACAACUUGAGAGGACAGCUCAACUUGAGAGGACAGCUCAACAUGAGAGGACAGCUCAACUUGAGAGGACAGCUCAACUUGAGAGGACAGCUCAACUUGAGAGGACAGCACUACUUGAGAGGACAGCUCAACUUGCGAGGACAGCACAGCUUGCGAGGACAGCACAGCUUCCGAGGACAGCACAGGUUGCGAGGACAGCACAGCUUGCGAGGACAGCAAAGCUUGCGAGGACAGCACGGCUUCUGAGGACAGCACGGCUAGCGAGGACAGCACGGCUUGCGAGGACAACAGAGCUUAACUUGAGAGGACUGCUCAAGUUGAGAGGACAGCUCAACUUGAGAAGACAGCUUUACUUGAGAGGACAGCUCAAACUGAGAGGACAGCUCGAGAGGACAGCUCAACUUGUGAGGACAGCUCAUCUAGAGUGGACAGCUCAACUUGAGAAGAGAGCUCAUUUUGAGAGGACAGCUCAACUUGAGAGGUCAGCUCAACUUGAGAGGACAGCUCAACUUGAGAGGACAGCUCAAGUAGAGAGGACAGCUCAAGUUGAGAGGAUAGCUCAACUUGAGAGGACAGCUCAAUUUGAGAGGACAGCUCAACUUGAGAGGACAGCUCAUCUAGAGAGGACAGCUCAACUUGAGAGGACAGCUCAACUUGAGAGGACAGCUCAACUUGCGAGGACAGCACAGCUUGUGAGGACAGCUCUACUUGAGAGGACAGCUCAACUUGAGAAGACAGCUCAACUUAAGAAGGCAGCUUUACUUGAGAGGACAGCUCAACCUGAGAGGACAGCUCAAUUUGAGAGGACAGCUCAACUUGAGAGGACAGCACAUCUAGAGAGGACAGCUCAACUUAAGAAGACAUCUUUACUUGAGAGGACAGCUCAACUUGAGAGGACAGCACAGCUUGCGAGGACAGCACAGCUUGUGAGGACAGCUCUACUUGAGAGGACAGCUCAACUUGAGAGGACAGCUCAACUUGCGAGGACAGCUCUACUUGAGAGGACAGCUCAACUUGAGAGGACAGCUCAACUUAAGAAGACAGCUUUACUUGAGAGGAUAGCUCAACCUGAGAGGACAGCUCAAUUUGAGAGGACAGCUCAACUUGAGAGGACAGCACAACUUGAGAGGACAGCACAACUUGCGAGGACAGCACAACUUGCGAGGACAGCACAGCUUGCGAGGACAGCAAAGCUCGCAAGGACAGCACAGCUUGCGAGGACAGCAUGA